GAUCGGGAGCUCCUCCGCCCGGAUUCCUGCUGCCCUCGGCCCCGGAGGCCGCUACGUACCCCACUGUGACCUGGAACCCAGGGACCCAAGUCCCGAUCCGGAUUAUCGUGGCGUUUCUACCGGACGGCCCUGGUGCUCGGUGUCCCUCCGCCGCCGCUGCCGCCGUUCCCGUUUCCGGCGGGGGAGAUGGCCAGGAUCUGACCCGGGAGGAGGCCGCACCCGCGCCGCGCUCUGCGGCGGGCUCUAGGCGAUGCCGAGCAGCUCGGACACGGCGCUGGGGGGAGGCGGGGGCUUGAGCUGGGCGGAGAAGAAGUUGGAGGAACGCCGCAAACGGAGGCGAUUCCUGUCCCCUCAGCAGCCGCCGCUGCUGUUGCCGCUCCUGCAGCCGCAGCUCCUGCAACCGCCGCCGCCCCCGCCGCCUCUGCUCUUCCUGGCUGCUCCCGGCACGGCCGCCGCCGCAGCCGCCGCCGCCGCGGCCUCCUCCUCUUGCUUCAGCCCGGGUCCCCCUCUGGAGGUCAAGCGGCUGGCGAGAGGCAAGAGGCGCGCAGGAGGGCGGCAGAAGCGGCGCCGCGGGCCCCGCGCCGGGCAGGAGGCGGAGAAGCGUCGGGUCUUCUCGCUGCCCCAGCCGCAGCAGGACGGCGGUGGCGGUGCUAGUAGCGGCGGGGGUGUGACCCCGCUGGUGGAGUACGAGGAUGUAAGCUCCCAGUCCGAGCAGGGGCUGCUGCUGGGGGGGGCCAGCGCGGCAACGGCGGCGACGGCUGCCGGGGGAACGGGGGGCAGCGGCGGGAGUCCGGCCUCCUCCUCCGGCACCCAGCGUCGCGGGGAGGGGUCGGAGCGCAGGCCCCGCCGGGACCGCCGCAGCAGCAGCGGCCGCAGCAAGGAUCGCCACCGCGAGCACCGGCGGCGGGACGGGCAGCGCGGCGGCGGCGAGGCCUCCAAAUCCCGCAGCCGCCACGGCCACGGCGGCGAGGAGCGGGCCGAGGCCGGCAAGAGCGGUAGCAGCAGCAGCAGCGGCGGCCGGCGGAAAAGCGCCUCGGCCACGUCCAGCAGCAGCAGCAGCCGCAAGGACCGAGACCCGAAGGCCCAUCGAAGCCGGACUAAAUCGUCCAAAGAACCGCCUUCGGCCUAUAAGGAGCCGCCCAAGGCCUACCGGGAGGACAAGACCGAGCCCAAGGCCUACAGGCGGCGGCAGCGGUCCCUGAGCCCGCUGGGAGGCCGGGACGACAGCCCGGUGUCUCACCGGGCCUCGCAGAGCCUGCGGAACCGCAAGUCUCCCAGUCCGGCGGGAGGUGGCAGCAGCCCCUACUCGCGGCGGCUGGCCCGCUCCCCGAGCCCCUACAGCCGCCGCCGCUCCCCCAGCUACAGCCGCCACAGCUCCUACGAGCGCGGCGGCGACGUGUCCCCUAGCCCCUACAGCAGCAGCAGCUGGCGCCGCUCCCGGAGCCCCUACAGCCCCGUGAUCAGACGGUCUGCCAAAUCACGAAGCAGAAGCCCGUAUUCAUCUAGGCAUUCAAGAUCCCGUAGCAGGCAUAGAUUGUCUAGAUCCAGAAGUCGUCAUUCUAGCAUUUCUCCUAGCACACUAACUCUGAAGAGUAGCCUGGCAGCUGAAUUGAACAAGAAUAAGAAAGCACGAGCUGCAGAGGCAGCACGAGCUGCGGAGGCCGCUAAGGCCGCAGAAGCAGCCAAGGCUGCUGAGGCUGCUGCCAAAGCUGCCAAAGCUGCCAGCACUUCUACACCUACCAAGGGGAACACAGAAACUGGUGCCAGUGCAUCACAAACCAACCAUGUGAAGGAUGUGAAGAAACUUAAAACUGAGCAUGCACCUUCUCCCUCAAGCAGUGGAACUUUAAAAAAUGACAAGGCAAAAACAAAGCCACCUCUUCAGGUAACAAAAGUGGAUAAUAAUUUGAUUGUAGAUAAAGCCACCAAGAAAGCAGUUGUAGUUGGAAAGGAGAGUAAAUCUGCUGCUACAAAGGAGGAACCAGUAUCUCUUAAAGAGAAAACGAAACCACUUACACCAAGCAUAGGAGCCAAGGAGAAGGAGCAACAUGUGGCUUUAGUGACCUCUACCUUACCACCCUUACCUUUGCCUCCCAUGCUGCCUGAAGAUAAAGAUGCCGAUAGCUUGCGAGGAAAUAUUUCAGUAAAAGCGGUUAAAAAAGAAGUAGAAAAGAAACUGCGAUGUCUACUUGCUGAUUUACCACUGCCCCCUGAGCUACCAGGAGGAGAUGAUCUCUCAAAGAGUCCAGAGGAAAAGAAAACAGCAACACAGUUACAUAAUAAAAGGAGGCCUAAAAUAUGUGGGCCUCGCUUUGGUGAAAUCAAAGAGAAAGAUAUUGACUGGGGAAAACGCUGCGUGGAUAAAUUUGAUAUCAUCGGAAUUAUUGGAGAAGGCACCUAUGGACAAGUUUACAAGGCCAGGGAUAAAGACACUGGAGAAAUGGUAGCCUUAAAAAAAGUGCGCCUGGAUAAUGAAAAGGAAGGGUUUCCUAUUACAGCAAUUCGAGAAAUUAAAAUUCUCCGGCAGCUUACCCACCAGAGUAUUAUCAAUAUGAAGGAAAUAGUGACCGAUAAAGAAGAUGCUUUGGACUUUAAGAAGGAUAAAGGUGCAUUUUAUUUGGUGUUUGAAUAUAUGGACCAUGAUCUGAUGGGACUGUUGGAAUCAGGCUUGGUUCAUUUUAAUGAAAAUCACAUAAAGUCAUUUAUGAGACAGCUCAUGGAAGGUCUGGAUUAUUGUCAUAAGAAGAACUUUUUGCAUCGAGAUAUUAAAUGUUCAAAUAUUCUUCUAAACAAUAGAGGACAGAUAAAGCUUGCAGAUUUUGGACUUGCCCGAUUGUAUAGCUCAGAAGAAAGUCGGCCAUAUACAAACAAAGUCAUCACUUUGUGGUACCGUCCACCUGAACUGCUGCUGGGAGAAGAAAGGUAUACACCAGCUAUCGAUGUGUGGAGCUGUGGAUGUAUUCUUGGUGAACUCUUCACUAAAAAACCUAUAUUUCAAGCAAAUCAGGAGCUUGCACAACUAGAAUUAAUAAGCCGUAUAUGUGGGAGUCCAUGUCCUGCAGUGUGGCCUGAUGUAAUCAAACUACCGUAUUUCAACACCAUGAAACCAAAGAAGCAAUAUCGUCGAAAGUUAAGAGAAGAAUUUGUUUUUAUUCCUGCAGCCGCACUAGACUUAUUUGAUUACAUGCUCGCCUUGGAUCCUAGUAAGCGCUGCACUGCAGAGCAGGCUCUUCAGUGUGAGUUCCUACGGGAUGUGGAACCCUCAAAAAUGCCUCCACCAGAGAGGUUUUUACACGCUGAGGCAAUGCAUCAUAGUAAGAUGACUGAGAGCCUUCCAUUAUGGCAAGACUGUCAUGAGUUAUGGAGUAAAAAGCGAAGACGACAGAAGCAGAUGGGCAUGACUGAUGAUGUUUCCACAGUUAAAGCCCCCAGAAAGGACUUGUCUCUGGGCAUGGAUGACAGCAGAACUAGCACGCCUCAGAGUGUGCUGCCGUCUUCACAGCUGAAACCUCAGGGCAACUCGAAUGCAGCACCUGUAAAAACAGGCCCUGGACAGCAGUUAAACCACAGUGAAUUGGCAAUUCUGCUAAACCUACUACAGUCUAAAACAAGUGUUAAUAUGGCUGAUUUUGUCCAAGUGUUGAACAUUAAGGUAAACUCUGAGACUCAGCAGCAGCUAAAUAAAAUAAACCUUCCUGCUGGAAUUUUGGCAACAGGUGAAAAACAGACAGAUCCAUCAACACCGCAACAGGAGUCUUCGAAACCAUUGGGAGGAAUUCAGCCUUCUUCUCAGAACAUGCAGCCUAAAGUGGAGCCUGAUGCGGCCCAGGCGGCUGUGCAGAGCGCAUUUGCGGUUCUGUUGACUCAGUUAAUAAAGGCUCAGCAGUCAAAGCAGAAAGACGUGCUGCUGGAAGAGAGGGAAAAUGGGUCGGGUCACGAAGCACCAUUACAGCUCCGGCCGCCUCCAGAACCUAGCACGCCGGCGUCGGGGCAAGAUGACCUGAUCCAGCACCAAGAUAUGAGGCUAUUGGACCUCACACCAGAACCGGACCGGCCUCGUAUUCUGCCUCCCGAUCAGCGACCUCCUGAACCUCCGGAACCACCGCCAGUCACUGAAGAAGAUCUAGAUUACCGGACAGAAAACCAGCAUGUACCCACCACUAGUUCUUCGUUAACUGACCCUCAUGCCGGAGUGAAAGCAGCCCUGUUACAGCUCCUUGCUCAGCAUCAGCCCCAGGAUGACCCCAAAAGAGAAAGUGGUAUUGAUUACCAAGCAGGAGAUACUUAUGUACCUUCUUCAGACUACAAGGACAAUUUUGGAUCCUCUUCUUUCUCUUCUGCUCCUUAUGUUAGCAAUGACGGUCUUGGAAGCGCCUCUGCUCCACCAUUGGAACGACGUAGCUUCAUGGGAAACUCAGAUAUUCAGUCCUUGGAUAACUACAGUACUACUUCAUCUCAUUCUGGUGGUCCACCUCAGCCUUCUGCCUUUUCCGAGUCAUUUCCCAGUUCGGUAGCUGGAUACGGAGACAUUUACCUCAAUACAGGUCCCAUGUUGUUUAGUGGAGACAAGGACCAUAGAUUUGAAUAUAGCCAUGGCCCCAUUGCAGUGCUGGCAAACAGCAGUGACCCUUCCACAGGGCCAGAGAGUACUCAUCCCUUGCCAGCAAAGAUGCACAACUAUAACUAUGGUGGUACCUUACAGGAAACCCCAGGUGGCCAUGGCCUCAUGCAUGGACAGACCUGGACUUCUCCUGCCCAAGGACCUGGGUAUUCGCAAGGAUACAGGGGACACAUUAGCACAUCAGCUGGCAGAGGUCGAGGCAGAGGGUUACCAUACUGAGUAUCUGUUUUUCCUCAGGCACAUCAUUUUUAUCUGGAAAGACUUUUCUAGCUGCAAUUUAAAGCAGCAAUCCAAGAGACUUGAAUAAUAUUAAUUCAACAACAGCUUUAUUUUUAUGUGGAAAAGGGUCUUGCAUACAAUAGUUAAAAAAAAAAAGACAAAAAAAAAAAAAAAACCUUUGCUUAAAUUCAUGCUGUUCUAAAACCUAGAUCUAUUGAUUGUACAUCUUCACAAAUUCUAGUUAACGAUUUUAUUUUGUAUUCUUGCAGUUUUAAGUGGAUGCUAAUCUUAGGGACAUAAAAGUCUUUUAUGGCCCUCUUGCAGAUCUUCUGAACUAUGCACAUUUGUGCUUUUUUGUAAGUUUGGACCAACUUUUAUGUAACAACCACCCAGCCCCUCCCCCCUCCAGUUUUACAACAAUCAGAAAGGGCACUGAUUUAUUUGGUAUUUUUCUUUUUACAAAGCUACCUUUAGUCAAAGGUCACUGUCAGUCUUUGCACCUGCUUUCAGUGUUAUUGUGAAAGGUGUACUUUGUGCUCAUUUCAGAAAAUAAAACACAACCUUUCUCUUGAUGCAACAGUUUUAUAUAAAAAAAAUGGUCAAUGUUAUUUUUGUUUUAUUUUGCAGAUUAUCAUAGCCUAGCAAAAUGCAUUCAAACGAAAUAGUGGGUUUUAUAUGAAAAAUAUGGGUGGGGUGGGGAGGGUAAGUAAGUGCCUUAACAGGUAAGCUUAAGGUCUGAAAAAGUAGUUAACCUUUACACCCAUUUGUCUUCUAAAGGGAAUCAAUGUAUUGAAGAGGCAGAGGGCUCUCAAGUGUCCAGGGGCUGCCUGUUCAGUUCCUGUUAGGUCCAUUCCCUCUACCUGUCACACUUUCUCCUUUUCUUUGGGCUCUGUUAACCUUCCAACACCACCUUCUCUUGACAGGGGAGUGAGAGCAGAGAAUAAAAGUCCAGCUCCCAUCAGCACCUUCUGUUACUUCUGAGAAAAAGUUCUAAAAAGUUUUGUCAUUUAAAUGGUGGAAAGUAAUAGCUAAAGGAGCAUUUUAGAGUAUCGUUUUCUUUCAGGCUGCCACAUUGUCCCUAUUUCCUUUUGUCAUGGGUAAUUGGAGGGCAAUAGCAAAGAAACAAGGCUUAAUAACAGAAUUUGCAUAAUUCAGUUAAAGUUCAUGGGGGGAGGGGUGGCAAACACCACUUUUUAAAUUAUAUAAUUGCCAUCUAACACAAAGUUAACUCUCUUCUCUUUACCGGCUAACUAGAAACAUUGCCUAGAUUGAAUUUAUUAAAGUAAAAAGAAAAAGUAGUGCAAAAAACCCUCUUAUUCUCUCUCUCACUUUCUGUAAGGUUUACUACAACGUCUGCCACACCUAGAGUAACUGUAUUUUAGUUCAUUUUAGAAUGAUGGACUAACCCUUAUUUAAACUGUAAUGGUGUCAAGUCCUUUUGUGCACACUCAAACACAUGUACCAUUAUAGUAAUCCUAGAAAGGAACCAAAGGUAAAUAACCAGUGUUUCCAUUAGCACUAAAUGCCAAUUAACCAUUUUGUUUUUUAAUCGUUCUCCUGGUAACUUAUUUUUUGAUUGGAAUCUUAAAUUGGAACAACUGUUAUUGAAUGAAUAUUGCUCCAGUUCUAAAGUCAGUCUUUUAAUCUUGUGCCCUCUAUCUGACUUGUGAACGUUCAUUGCAAACAGUACAUAGAAAGCAUUAUAGUUUGUAAAGUGAAUAAUUUACCAUUUUACUGCUAUAAAAUGAGUUGAUGUCAGUUGACCAUUUUAUCUUUUGAUGGAAUUUUUUUGUUGUUGAGAAAGAAAUGAAUGAAAGAAAAUUAUUAUGCUUUUAUUUGAAUAUUGAAUACUAACAACUUAUACUAAAACUACAUUGCAGGAAGUGAAGAAAUAUUUUGAAAUUUAGCAAAAUAGCUACAGUAUUCAAGUAUCUGAAAUUUUAAUAUGGUGAGUCUUAGAGCUUUAGACUUUCCUAUAAGUGACAGUAUCUAAGUUAUUCUUAAUAGUCACACUUGAUAAUUCUGCUGACCAUAGCAGCUAACCUAAAAUUGAAGAUAUUUAUGUGACAUGAAUAGCCUGUGUUUUAAAAAUUAAAUAUUUUAUAUAAAAUUGAA